UUUUCCCACAAUUCAUUUCGUUGAAAAGUCGGAGAAUGAUGUCAUCUUCGUAAAAACACUUUUAUUUACAUGGAUUCAGGUAAAAAUAUUAAUAUUGUGAAAAUAUGGAGAAGCAUAAUUAGUUAGAACACAAAUAUUCCUUUCUUGAGCUGCAAAUCCAAGGUAACCCCGUAUGUCUUGAUUGUGACGUCACAGAUGUAAAUACGACAGACUAUUUAGGUCCUACAGGCAGUACAAAAGCAUACUGAAAGAAAAUUCGUAGUUCUGCUUUAGAAUAAAGGUUUUAAUCGAAAAUGGAUAGUGACGAUGGGUUUAUGGACUACGAAGAGCAAUCAGGAGACGAAGAAAUCAGUGAGGAAGAUGAUGACUUCGUAGAAAUGGGCCUCGAAGCUGAACCAAGUACAACACAGGACAAACGAGAUGCAGAAGAUUUUCCUUAUGAAGUACUGCCAGCCGAUCAAAUUGUGCAAUUCAUGGUGGAUUGUAUAAAAGAAGUCAAUGCCGUAGUUCAGAUUCCUUCAACAGUUACAAGAAUUUUACUUAAUCAUUUUAAAUGGGACAAAGAGAAGUUAAUGGAGCGCUAUUACGAUGGUGAUCAGGAUCGUUUGUUUACUGAGGCUCAUGUCAUUAGCCCACACAGGAGACUAGAUUUGGGAGCUCGGCCAAAGAAAAUGACCAGAUCUGCCACGGCAGCAGCUAGUUCAGAGACAAUGUGUGAAAUUUGCUGUGUGCCAGUCCCUGGAGCAGAUAUGACCGGCUUGGAAUGUGGACACAAGUUCUGUGCCCCCUGUUGGACUGAUUACCUAACUUCCAAAAUCGUGAACGAGGGCAUGGGACAAACCAUUUCAUGUGCCGCCUAUGGUUGUGAUAUACUUGUUGAUGAUGCCACAGUCAUGAGCCUUGUAACAGACAAAAAAGUAAAAUUAAAGUACCAGCAAUUAAUUACAAACAGUUUUGUCGAGUGUAAUAGGCUGCUGAGGUGGUGUCCUGCCCCCGACUGCGGUCACGCAGUCAAAGUACAGUACUUUGAUACAAAACCAGUAACCUGUAAAUGUGGUCACACCUUCUGUUUUGCUUGCGGAGAAAACUGGCAUGAUCCCGUGCAGUGUAAAUGGUUAAGAAAGUGGAUAAAGAAAUGCGAUGAUGAUAGUGAAACCUCAAACUGGAUUGCUGCCAAUACAAAAGAAUGUCCCAAAUGCCAUGUCACAAUUGAGAAGGAUGGAGGCUGUAACCAUAUGGUAUGCAAAAACCAAAACUGCAAGGCUGACUUCUGUUGGGUGUGCCUGGGACCCUGGGAGCCUCAUGGGUCCUCAUGGUACAAUUGUAACAGAUAUGAUGAGGAUGAGGCUAAAAAGGCUAGAGACAACCAAGAGAAAUCUCGAUCAGCACUUCAACGAUAUUUAUUCUACUGCAACAGAUACAUGAAUCAUAUGCAGAGUCUGAAGUUUGAAAACAAAUUGUAUGCCUCAGUGAAGUUGAAGAUGGAGGAGAUGCAGCAGCACAUGUCCUGGAUCGAGGUCCAGUUCUUGAAGAAAGCAGUGGACGUCUUGUGUCUGUGUCGGCAAACUCUCAUGUUUACUUACGUGUUUGCUUUUUAUCUUAAGAAGAAUAAUCAAUCCAUCAUAUUUGAGGAUAACCAGAAAGAUCUUGAGAAUGCCACAGAGCAGUUGUCUGAGUAUUUGGAGAGAGAUAUCACCUGUGAUAUGUUAAAUGACAUCAAACAAAAGGUCCAAGACAAGUAUAGGUAUUGUGAAAGUAGAAGAAACGUUUUAUUGGACCAUGUUCAUGAAGGCUAUGAAAAAGAUCUAUGGGAAUAUUAUAAUGAUUAUUGAUAUAUUUAGAUGAGAAAGAUUGAAAAUCUUCAAGAAUGAAAAGAAAGAAAAAAAAGAGAAUUAAAAAUAAGAUAUAAUUUUUUUCUAUAAUAUUUGUGAUAUGGAUCGGAGUGUUGAUCCUGUAAAUGUAUCGAGUGUUUUUCACCAAACAUGUUUUCCCCUCAUGAGAUUGGUUCUGUGAAAGACUUGUCCUGUUGAUGUUCAAGUAUACAAGAUAUAUUGAGAACUAGAAUGGUGUUUUCAGCCAUUUUUUGAAUGGCAUGUAUGUUUGUUAAAAGAGGGUAAAAAAGAAUGAAUAUAUGGUUUAAAAAUGUCUGAUGAUUUCGUAUUUCAUGCACAGACUCUCAUACAAAAUUCAGAAUGGAACUGACCUCUUUGUUGUUUGUACUCGUGAAACAUCAAUUUCAUUCUCAAUUUUUCGAUUUUUUCUUUCUUUAUAUUUUAAUAUUUUUUCACCGCAUAGAAAAAUCCCUAGUACCUUACCAUUUAUGUAGAACAUCGGAUUGGAUGUUCUUACAGAUAUAAACCACUAAAAUCAGAUUAAAAAAAAAAAAGGUUUGCAACAGUAUUAUUAUUUUAGAAUAUGUAAGUUACAGGAAAUGUAAAUAAGAAUUUGCAGUUAUAAAUUAAUUACAAUUUGGCAUUAAGUUCUUACUAUGCAUACUAAUAUGUAUAAUAGAUCUGGUUUUAAAAUCUUACCUUAAUAUCGUUAGUUGCAGGCAAUUUCUAGAUAUAUAUUGAAAAGCACUUUUCAUGGGAUUCUCUUUAUAAUAUUGAAAAUUUUCUGUGCAUAAGGCUACUCAUUGAAAAAGAUGGGAAAGAGAAGCAUUAAUACUAAAUUUUAAUAGUCAUCAAUAUAUUAUUGAUGUUUAUUUAAAAACAAAACCUUUUUAUGUAUACAUGUGUUUCAUUUUUUGUUUGUUUGAAAUUUUUUUUUAAAGUUGUAUAUUUAUGACAUGCAUUAUAGAUUUGAAGUUCAUUGUUUAAUUGAGAACAUUCAUUCCAUCAAUUUAGAAAACAGAAGUUUGUGAAGAACAAUACCAUCUAUUAUUUUUGUACAGAAAGGUUCCAUGCGUAUGCUUUGGCUUCAAUUGAUGCUUUUUGUUUCAUGCUCAAAUGUAAAAUGAUUUGGAAGGAACUCCAUUUUUGCCCUCUACAUAUCAUUGAAGAUGAAAGCGAAACUAACUCAUAUACUUGGCAGUAAACACUGCAGUCCUCCCAGUACAUUGCAUGUGUCUGUAAGAGUUACAUGUAUGCGUUAAUAAAAGCUUGCGUUUUUUUAAAAUUUAAAAUAAAGCAUCUACACAGUGAUUGUAUUAAUCAAUGAAAAAAUGUUAGCUUUUUGUUACAUCUGUCAGUUAAGGAAAAAAAGAAGAUAUGUAGGUAAUUGUGAUAAAAUGUUUACUUAUUAAAGUAUUGAAAUAA